AUGCCUUUUAUCCUCUGCGGGUUCGCAGAGGAUAAUGCCCAACAAAUCCAGGACAUGUUGGGCAUGUUGAAGAAACAACAAGAGCAACUUGAACAAUUACUCGCCAAAGUUGCAGCUACUCAACCAGAACCGAUUAUUAGCCCCUCGACCAAAGAAAUAAAGCCAGCUGGAAGUGGUCCAUCGCUCCCCGAGAUUGUAAUUGCCUCCGCUACUGCUGCGACAAUCGCAUCCACCACACAAGUUUCUCAGACCCCCAAGGAUGUUGUUGUUGCUCAGCCUGAAACAAGUGAUGCAACUCAAACCGCCGUAGACAAGGCACCUUCUGAAGUAGAUGGUGAAGAUUUGAAGACCAGGGUUUUUAUAUCGUAUUGUUGGGCAAACAGUAAGAAACAAGUUGAUAUGGAUAUUCAGAAUGGUGUCAAAUCGCUUGAUGCUUUGGAUGGCUGUGGGCCAUGUGAUCCCCGAGAUGUGGCAGAUUGGGUUGAAGAACACGACUAUAGAGCGUGGCUGGACGUGAAAGAACUCGGAGAAGGCCAACCCCUGUAUGGCGAUCUAGUAGAGGCUCUGUCUCAGAAAUCAGCUAUAGUCAUUGCACACAUAUCUGAUGCCUACGCAACCAGUAAAAACUGUAAAGCUGAAUUCGCCUUUUCUCGACAACUUGACUUGCCAUUGAUUCCUGUCAUUGUCGGGAAACGAUCUAUUCCUCCUCCUGCUACAAAAGCAGCAGAAGUGAAAGGUGCUGAUGGUGCUAAAGAUGGCAAAGCUGCGCCGGGACCAAAGAAUGCUAAAGCAGGAGCUGGUGCUGACAAUAAGAAACCGAAGAUGGUUAAGUGGGAGUACUCUGAGAUAAUGUUUGAGCUGGCAAACACUCUAUACAUUGACGCUCGAGAAGGGGCAGAUAUGAAGGACGUCCAAAUGCGCAUCCUACGAGCAAUUGAGAAGUACAAGGUACCCAAGAAAGUCAAGAAGGCCGGUGAUCCUGUAUCGCACUUGACUCUUAUCAGCAACCUCUUUGACGCGGCGGGCGAUGGCUCCAUUGAGGAUUUAGUCAGAAUCACAAAUGGAAAAGAUCUGACUGAAGAGCUUGCCAAAGUAAAUGACGGUUCACGAACGCCGCUACAUGAAGCUUGUGCGAAUGGGCGUCUUGAUGUCGCUAAAUGGUGCAUAGACAAUGGAGCUCUAAUCGAGACCAAAGAUGCGUCUGGCGCUACUCCAUUCUACCUUGCUGCACAAACCGGCAAUUUGGAUUUGUGUGAAUACCUUAUAGAUCGCGGGGCCGACAUAGAGACGACAAAUACCGCUGGAUCAACUACUUUGCAUGCGGCUGCAGGAUACAACCGUGCAGAUCUGUGCCGCUUCCUUAUCGACAAGGGUGUAUCUGUUGACGUUAAAACUACGGAUGAUAACAAGGAGACACCUCUGAUUACUGCCGCUAGUCGUGGAUCUUUGGCUGCUUGUGAAGUCCUCGUUACUGCUGGUGCUAAUGUUUCUGUCAAGGAUGAGGAUGGACGAACCCCAUUCUAUGUUGCUUGCAGGUCUGGCAGUGUGGAAACUGCGCAAUUAUUGUACGCAACGAAGCAAGUUGAUUUGGAAAGUCGAAACUACACGGGUGGUUUCACGCCUCUCCUCGCCGCUGCAUCAGACGGUCAACUAACCGUCGUCGAAUGGCUCAUUUCUCUGGGCGCCAACACCAAAGCCCGAAACUUUGACGGUUCAGAUUCAUUCUUUGUCGCCAUUGACGAUGGUCACGAGAACAUUAUCGACUACUUCUUGUCUCAUGGAUAUACGGAUUAUGAUGCCCCUCAAACAAACGGUGGCGCUACUCCGCUUUUACGAGCAGCCAAUUAUGGACAACGUGAUAUUAUCGAGAAGCUUCUUGAACAAAAUCCGUCACCCAAUAUUAAUGCCCGUGAUUCUACUGGCGAUACGGCACUCACGUGGGCAACUUAUGGUGGACAUACUGAGAUUGUUGAGCUUUUGGUUGCAAGACGGUGCGAAGUCAAUUAUGUAGAAUGGAAUACGUCUCAGACUGCUCUUUACAUGGCUUCCAACAAUGGAUAUGUACAGAUUGUCAAACUACUACUAGAGAAUGGUGCUCGUACAGAUCUCUGUGCCGAUGGAGGCUGGUCGCCACUAAAUGCUGCAGCAGACGAUGGAUAUACUGAUGUGGUCCAACUACUCAUUGAUGCAGGAGCUGAUAUCAACAUGCCCAAUACUAAUGGAUACACGCCAUUGAUGUCGGCCUUAGCCAACGGAAGAACCGACACAGUUGCUGUUUUGCUCAAGGCUGGUGCUAAAUUGAUUCCAGUGGGAGGGUCAUCGCCAAUUGAUAUCGCUACAAACAGCGGAAAUGUAGAUUCCGUCAAGACUGUAUUGGAGAAUGGCGGGAAGGAUGAUAUCAAUCUUGUACAUGAUGAUGGUGAAACGUGUCUGGUGAAUGCUGCAAAAGCUGGUUACUUUGAUAUUGUUAAAGCCUUGGUCGAAGGUGGUGCUGAUGUGGACUUGACCACUACUGAUGGAAUGACACCACUGCAUGCCGCUUGCAGUCAAUCGAACGUCGAAGUCAUCAAAUAUCUAUUGGAAAAGAAUCCAAAGAAUGCCGCGCUCGCCACGCAAAAUGGGUUUACACCCCUGAUCACAGCCAUUACCAACGACGGCACUGAUAAGACUGUUCGAGCACUCAUGACUGCUCCUGAUCUAAAUAUUGAACGACGAGACUAUACUGGUGAAACAGCUGUCGUCAACACCGCUCGUAGCACUUCAGCUUGGAAACCGGUUAUGGAGAUGAAGCCUUCCUUGAACAAUAGCGCUCUGGAAAUUGCUAUUGAUCAGGUUGAUCUUGAUGUGGUUCAAGCCCUUGUGAAGGCUGGUGCUGAUAUUAAGCAGCUGAAUAAUGAUGGAGAGUGUGCAUUAGAUCGAGCUGCGUCGAAAUGCAAUACGAAUACUGGUAAAAAAGCUGCAAGUGUUGCAAUCUUCAAGUACUUGUUAUCGCCUGCUGUUGGAGCCAAACCUACCAAGCGAACUUGGGAGAAUAUAUGUGACAGCGAUGCACCGGCUGCAUGGGAUGCCUUGUUUGCUGCUGGGCCAAUGUCAGAUGACUUUGCUUCGUAUUUCGGACUUACGGCUCUAAACUCUAGUGCCGGUCUUGCAGGUGACGACGGUAGUAAAAUAUUCAAUAUGUUGAUUGACCAUGGUGUGCAGCCGACUGCCAAUACUUGGUUUACUGCUGCUGCCGCUCCCCGAUCAUUCGCCAUGCGAAAAUUAUUGGAUAUGGGACAAGACGUCACUAUAGUCGAUGAGAGUAGUGGUGAUAAUGCAUUAAUGACUGUGGUUAAGACUAAGGCAGCGCCUGAUUGGGAGGAUCAGGUAAGGUUUAUCCUAUAUAGAGACCGUUCUUUGGCAAACAGUGAUGUACUGCUCGAGUGUGUUCGAACUAUGAGGGACACAACAAACGAAGAUGGAUCGUCUGGAGAAUCUCUGUCAACCUCUCGCAUAGCCAGGUUCUUAUUGGAUUUAGGAGUGCCAGCUGACGAAGCACACGAAACUAGUCUCGAGACGCCGCUUGGACUAGCUAGUGCUUGUGGAGAUGCCGAAACAGUAUCCUUCCUUCUGAUCAAGAAUGCUGAUCCCAACAAGCCAUGUGGAACAGCAAAACAACCACCACUUUACCUAGCAGCCGAAGCUGGUUGUCAUUUAGCUGUAGUCGCACUCUUGAACAGGGGCGCGAAUGUAGAUGGAGCUGAUCCACAAGGCAAAACCUCAUUGAUGUGUGCUGCCGAGCAAGGCUACAUUGAGUGUGUCGAGACGCUUCUCGCUCAUAAAGCUACCGUAAACAUAAAGACCGUCUCUGAGGAUCUAGACCUAGUCACGACCCCGCUUCAUUUGGCUGUACGAGAUACAUCAGAGGCAGCCAACGCCCCUUAUAUCGUCGUUAAACUGAUUGAAGCUGGUGCCGAUGUGAACGCACUAGAUGGAUUUGGUUGUACACCGAUAUUUAGGGCUAUGGAAAACACAACUGAUGUGGUCUAUCAGCUGGUUUUGGCUGGUGCUAAAGUUGAUACGCCCAUCACUGGAGAAAUGACAACUUGGGACUUGACGACGCUAGGUACCACUAUUGGGUUCCAACCAAUUCAUUGGGCUGCCUUCCACGGCAAUGAAACUGCAAUUCUGGUGCUUGUGCAAUAUGGUGCUGCUAUUGAUGCCACAAGUCAAGAUGGAUUCACGGCAUUGAUGAUUGCUUCAGCAAAAGGAAACACCACAGCUGUAGAAUUGCUAAUCCAAAAGGGGGCCUCGAUUACAAAGACUGACUUGAAGGGCCGAACGCCAAUAGUUUUAGCCAUCGAAGCAGGCAACUAUAACAUCAUUGAUACCCUCGCAAAACACGGUGCUACGAUUCCAGACCCCUUGCUAGUCACGAACAAGUCUGUAAGCACAGUUCUCUACAAUGCUAUUGAUGCCAGUCCUGACGAGGCGGUACUGAUGAGGCUAUUGGACGCCGGUGCUGAUCCAUCUGCUGACGUCUCCAUACAAGCCGAUGGCGAGGACGCUCCAACUGUCUAUAGUGGGCUGACUCAUAUAAUUGCCGCUACAUCGCCGGCAGUCGUGAAGCGUGUCUUCAAGGAUCCUCGUGUUUUGGCUAUUAUCAACAAGCAAAUGGUUCCGACUGGAUAUGGAUAUUACUAUCCGAUCAAUCAAGUUAUGGGUACUGUAAACGCACACGAUCUUUUGCCUGUCUUUUUGGAACAUGGUGCCGAUGUCAACCAAGCCGAGCCUGAGUCUGAAAUAACACCAAUAAUGAGCGUCAUCAAAGGUGGUAGUACGGUAACUCGCAGGCUUGACGUCAUCAAGACACUCUUGGAGAAGGGUGCCAAUGUACACGCCAAGGACAACAGCGGCUUCGAAAUCUAUGCUCAGACAAUACAAAAUAGUGACGUCGAGACCUUCUGCUUCUUAUCAGAUACAUACCCUGAACUACUGGCUGCCAGAUAUGGCACAACUGAGCAAACCCCGUUGAUAAUGGCCGCACCUUCUCAAUGGGAGAUAACUUCUCGACUGAUCAUAAACUAUAAAGCUGAUGUAAAUGCAGCUGACACGGAAGGCAAGACUGCAUUAAUUGCGGUGUGUGCUGAUGGUGAUGGUGACGCAGGUCGGUUACAGCAAUUAUUGGAUGCUGGAGCUGAUGUUAAUGGAAAGGAUUCGAAUGGAAUGACUGCUUGGUUGUAUGCUGCUCAAAAGGGUUACAUCGCCAACCUCUAUGAAAUCAACAAGCGUGGUCUGGCACCACCGGUAGAUUCCGUAAACAAGGAUAAUCAGACUGCAUUGAUUUUAGCAUCUCAAUCUUCAAUGACCCGAACUUCAGAUUACUUGCUGACACUCGGGAACAAAUUCGACUCCAAGGACGUCAAUGGCAACACGCCGUUACAUUACGCUGCGGAAAACACCAAUAUCGAUCUUGUCAACCUGCUCUUGAAAGCUGGAGCUGAUCCAUUGGCAGCUAAUACAGCAGGAGAGACCCCAAGGUCUAAAGCUGAAGCAGCUGGUGUUGAAGUCGUGAUCUUGGCUCUAGGCGGAACUGUACCGCCUCCAGCUCCCGAAGAAGAAACUGCAGAAGCUACUCCUGAAGAAGGAGGGGCAGCUGCUACCGAGGAAGGAGAUACAACUACGGCUGCAGAAGGAGAAGCAACGGAGGAAAGUAAUGCUGAACCUCCAGAAACUGACGCUGUGGACGAGAAGCCUACAACUGAAGCUGAUGAAACAUCUGAAAAGACACUAUAA